CCUCCCCCGGUCUUCACUUCACUGCGGUCCUCUGAAGACUUGCCAGGUUCUUCUCCCCAGUUUUUCCAGUGGUGCUACCAGACUAACUCUCCAUCAUGUGCGAAGAGGAGGUUGCUGCUCUCGUCGUCGACAACGGCUCCGGCAUGUGCAAGGCCGGCUUCGCGGGCGACGACGCGCCCAGGGCCGUCUUCCCGUCCAUCGUGGGCCGCCCAAGGUACCAGGGCGUCAUGGUCGGCAUGGGCCAGAAGGACGCCUACGUCGGCGACGAGGCGCAGAGCAAGAGGGGCAUCCUGACCACCAAGUACCCCAUCGAGCACGGCAUCGUCACCAACUGGGACGACAUGGAGAAGAUCUGGCACCACACCUUCUACAACGAGCUGCGUGUCGCCCCCGAGGAGCACCCCGUCCUGCUGUCAGAGGCUCCCCUCAACCCCAAGGCCAACAGGGAGAAGAUGACGCAGAUCAUGUUCGAGACCUUCAACACCCCCGCCAUGUACGUGGCCAUCCAGGCCGUGCUGUCCCUGUACGCCUCCGGCCGCACCACCGGUAUCGUGCUGGACACCGGCGACGGAGUCACCCACAACGUGCCCAUCUAUGAAGGCUACGCCCUGCCGCACGCCAUCCUGCGUCUGGACCUGGCCGGCCGGGACUUGACAGACUACCUGAUGAAGAUCCUGACCGAGCGCGGAUACUCCUUCGUCACAACGGCCGAGAGAGAAAUCGUCCGUGACGUGAAGGAGAAGCUGUGCUACAUCGCCCUGGACUUCGAGCAGGAAAUGGCCACCGCCGCCGCCACCUCCAGCCUGGAGAAGAGCUACGAGCUGCCUGAUGGACAGGUCAUCACCGUCGGCAACGAGAGGUUCCGCUGCCCGGAGACCCUGUUCCAGCCUUCCUUCAUCGGCAUGGAGUCUGCCGGCAUCCACGAGGGCACCUACAACAGCAUCAUGAAGUGCGACAUCGACAUCCGUAAGGACCUGUACGCCAACAACGUGCUGUCCGGCGGCUCCAGCAUGUACCCCGGCCUGGCCGACCGUCUGCAGAAGGAGGUCACCGCCCUGGCACCCAGCACCAUGAAGAUCAAGAUCGUCGCUCCUCCCGAGAGGAAGUACUCCGUCUGGAUCGGCGGCUCCAUCCUGGCCUCCCUGUCCACCUUCCAGCAGAUGUGGAUCGCCAAGCAGGAGUACGACGAGUCCGGCCCCGCCAUUGUCCACCGCAAGUGCUUCUAAAUAAACGCGUUUUUUUGUGUUCUUAAUUUAUCAAUUGUAAGACAUUUUUGUCUGAAAUACUAGCAGCAAAUCAGCCCCCGCUACAAGCAUCAGAACUGACCCUCGUAGAAUAUGUCUCUAAUGUUGCAAGAAAACGGAGAGAGAGAGAGAGGACUACAAUGUACAUGUCAGGCUUGUCUGAUACGAGUUUUAUGUCGUUAACGAGAGGAAAGAAAAGCGAGAGACAGGCCUGGACAGUGGAAAAUGUUGUCCAACGUACCGAGAUGUUUCGCAAAGAGUGAUCAGCACACGAGUAUAGUGAGAGAAGAAGACUGACUAUGGUUAGGAAUGUAAUGUACCCGCGUGUUUGCGGUG